AAAACCAAACGGUCCAAACCUCCCUAAACUCUCUCUCUCUCUCUCUCUCUCUCUCUCACCCUGUGAACUCUGAUUCAACUUCACCACCAUGCUCUCUCGUCUCCUUCCUAAACCCUCUCAUCUCCGUCUUCUAACACUAAUUUCCCCAAAACCACAUUCACAUUCCCAAACCCCACAAAUCCCGAACCCCAAUUUCAUCCCCAAAUUCUUCUUCUCCUCCAACAACAAUGGCAAGGACCCACCUUCAUCGACUUCAUGGAACCUUUCUCACGAGAGCGAUUCGAAAUUCGACCAGUUCUUCGCCCAGGACUCUCCGGCCGGAAACGACGACGUGGACUCGUGGCUGAAAUCGAGCGAGGCGAUCGGAGCGAAGAGCGGCGAGGAUGUGGAGAACAAGCCCUGGAACCUUGUGGACGAGGACAAGGACGACGUGUUCGGAUUGAAGGAGGAGGAGGUGGGUGUACGGGAGCUCGGCGAUACCGCGGGUGAGAGUAGUGUUAGCAGUACUAGUGGUGGUGGUGGUGGUGAUGAUGAUGUGGAGAGAGAGAAGAGAGUGGCAUUGAUGCUGGAGAGAGAGAAACAAGAGCUCACUGCUGUACUGAAAGGUCCAAAUCGUGCAUUUGGUGAUCUUAUUGCUGCAUCUGGAAUCACAGAUGAAAUGCUGGACAGUUUGAUUGCCCUCAAGGACUUAGAAGGGAUUGAGGGAUUACCUCCUCUAAGUGAAAUAGAGGAAAUGCGAUAUGAGAAAAAUACAAGAAAAUCCUCAAGAGCCGAAAUAGAGCGCCAGAAACAGGAGGAAGUUGCCAAAGCAAGAGUGAGACAAGUAGAUGAGAAGGGAAGAGCUUAUGGAACAGGGAGGAGAAAAUGCAGUAUAGCCCGUGUCUUUCUUCAACCUGGUGAUGGAAAAUUCGUAGUUAAUGAUAAAGAAUUUGAUGUCUAUUUUCCCAUGCUUGAUCAUCGUGCUGCACUCCUGCGACCUUUUUCAGAGACAAAGACUUUGGGCCUUUGGGAUGUCAACUGUACUGUGAAAGGAGGUGGUGUCUCAGGUCAAGUCGGAGCUAUUCGGUUGGGGAUCAGCAGGGCCUUGCAAAAUUGGGAACCAGAUCUGCGUCCCGCACUCAGAGAUGCUGGUUUCUUGACAAGGGACUCACGUGUGGUGGAAAGGAAAAAACCUGGCAAAGCUAAAGCAAGAAAGAGCUUUCAAUGGGUCAAGCGUUAAUUAUUUGUUUGGAUGUGAACUUGCUUUGCUGCAGGACCUGUUUUAUCUUGAACUUCCAUUUUGACACACAACAGUAACUUUUUGAGAUGCACUUGUUUGGCUAGGAAUCUCUUCUGUAAUGUAGCUUGUAAUGCAAUUGUACUCCUUUGAGUGCUGCUAGAAUUUUAGUGAACAGCCUAAAGAGUAAUCUUUUGGGCUUUCCCUUGGGCUCUAUCCUCAUCUGCAGUUUCUUUUGUACCUAUUGGCAAUGAUGAAUUGUUUAACAAUAUGAAAUCACAGAUUACGCUUCUAAGAA